CAAACUGCAUGGCGGACGGACGGAAGACUGAUGAAGUCAUGAACUCUCCUCUCUGCCGACUGCUCCUGUGCUAAAGUUGAGUCUUCAUUUCCCCCUACGCCACUCCUGUCGCAUGUUGAUAUUUUUAUAUGUAAAAAGUUUUUCCUCUUCCAACCGGCCCUCUGACUCCCCCCUGUUAUUGUGUGUGUGCCUGUACGCGGGGCUGUGACCAUGAUGGCGGCGGAAGUCGGGAACGAUUGCUUGUUGGCGGCGGCUAUGACCGUGGCGGCUCCGGGCGCAGAUUCGGAGACCGCUGUUUUCCAGUCUUCCCCGCAGAAAGUGUCAGAACUGAGCACCGUGCGGCCUGUCGAGUCCGAAUCAUUGUCACCACCACCAGCAGCAUCAACACCACCGCCUCCGGCCCCGCUCCUUUCCGAACCUGUUGUCGGGGCUUCCCAUAUCCCCGGUGCUACUGCCCUCCCCGUGCCCCCGGACGAAGUGGAUUCUUUCGACGGCCAUGAGUUUGAAGAGGAAGAAGUGGAGAUCCCGCUGACGGCUCCUCCAACCAACCAGUGGUAUCACGGAAAGCUGGAUCGUACAAUCGCUGAAGAGCGGCUUAGUCAGGCAGAUCGAUCAGGAAGCUAUCUCAUCAGGGAAAGUGAUCGAAGACCAGGUUCAUUUGUGCUUUCGUUUCUAAGCAGAACUGGCGUAGUCAAUCAUUUCAGGAUAAUUGCAAUGUGCGGUGAUUAUUACAUUGGUGGACGACGAUUUUCUUCGCUCUCAGACUUGAUAGGUUACUACAGCCAUGUAUCCUGUUUAUUAAAAGGAGAGAAGCUUCUGUUUCCAGUAGCGCCUCCGGAGCCUGUUGAGGAUAGAAGGAGAGUUCGAGCCAUCUUGCCAUACACCAAAGUUCCAGACACAGAUGAAAUUAGUUUUCUGAAGGGGGAUAUGUUUAUUGUUCAUAACGAACUGGAGGAUGGAUGGAUGUGGGUGACCAAUUUACGAACAGAUGAGCAAGGCCUUAUUGUUGAGGAUCUAGUCGGAGAAGUGGACCGUGAAGAAGAUCCACAUGAAGGAAAAAUCUGGUUUCAUGGCAAGAUAUCAAAGCAAGACGCAUAUAAUCUACUGAUGACAGUUGGCCAAAUAUGCAGCUUUCUUGUAAGACCAUCAGAUAACACACCGGGUGACUACUCGCUUUAUUUUCGGACUAAUGAAAAUAUUCAACGAUUUAAAAUAUCUCCGACAUCGAGUAAUCAAUUUAUGAUGGGUGGCCGAUACUACAACAGUAUAGAAGAAAUCAUUGAGCACUAUAGGAAGGAGCAGAUUGUUGAAGGUUAUUACCUCAUAGAUCCCGUUCCCUUGCAGCAUCAAGAGCAAGUACUCAAUGAGUAUGAUGGUAGAGAAAUAUACAAUACAAUCCGGCGCAAGCCAAAGGAUGCACUUUAUAAGAAUAUAGUGAAGGAUGGCUACCUCUGGAAAAAAAGUAAAGGUAAACGAUGGAAAAACUUGUACUUCAUUUUGGAAGGGAAUGACUCCCAGCUAAUCUAUUUUGAAAGUGAAAAGAGAGCGACAAAACCAAAAGGAUUAAUAGACCUCAGUGUUUGCACUGUGUAUGGAGUUCAUGACAGUCUGUUUGGCAGGCCAAACUGUUUUCAAAUAGUGGUACAGCACUUUAGUGAAGACCAUUAUAUCUUCUACUUUGCAGCAGAAACUCCAGAACAGGUUCAGGACUGGAUGAAGUGCUUGCAUGUGUUUUGCAGCAACUUGAAAAAACCUCUGCCCCCAACAUCUAACAAACGUCUUCGUCAGGUCAGUAGUCUGGUGUUGUAUGUGGAAGAAGCCCAUAAACUUCCAGGGAAGUAUUUCACACACCCUUACUGUAACAUCUCCCUAAACAGUGUUCAAGUAGCAAAAACUCAUGCCAGGGAAGGGCAGAACCCUGUAUGGACAGAAGAAUUCAUUUUUGAUGAUGUCUCAUCCGAUAUAAACAGAUUUGAGAUAAGUCUCAGUAACAAAACAAAGAAGAGCAAGGAUCCUGACAUCUUAUUUAUGCGCUGCCUGUUGAGUAGGUUACAGAAGGGGCAACUGAUUGAUGAGUGGUUUCCUCUCAGUUCACAUUUUCCACUAAAAGGCAUUGAACCAGGCUCUGUACGGGUAAGAGCACGAUAUUCAUUGGAAAAAAUCAUGCCAGAAGAAGAAUACAGUGAAUUCAAAGAGCUUAUUCUUCAAAAAGAAUUCCAUGUGAUAAAUGCCUUAUCCCAUGUGUGUGGCCAGGAUCGGACAUUACUGGCUAGUAUUUUACUAAGAAUUUUUCGGCAUGAGAAACUUGAAUCACUUUUACUACAAAUACUGAAUGACAGAGAAAUUAGUAUGGAAGAUGAAUCUACCACUCUCUUCCGUGCCACAACCUUAGCAAGCACACUUAUGGAACAAUAUAUGAAAUCAACUGCAACACCAUUUAUCCAUCAUGCUCUGAAAGAAACUAUUUUAAAGAUAAUGGAGAGUAAACAGUCAUGUGAGCUAAAUCCUUCCAAACUUGAAAAAAAUGAAGAUGUAAACACUAAUCUGGCACACCUGUUGGCUCUCCUCUCAGAACUGGUGGAGAAGAUUUUCAUGGCUGCAGAAGAAUUGCCUCAGGCUUUAAGAUACAUUUACGGAUGUUUACAAAAAUCUGUUCAGCAGAAAUGGCCGGAAAAUCCCACAAUGAGAACUAGAGUUGUGAGUGGGUUUGUUUUCUUGCGGUUGAUUUGUCCAGCUAUUCUCAAUCCACGGAUGUUUAGUAUCAUUUUGGAUCCACCUUCUUCCACAGCUGCGAGAACUCUCACUCUUGUUGCAAAAUCACUUCAAAACUUAGCAAAUUUAGUGGAAUUUGGAGCUAAGGAGCCCUACAUGGAAGGUGUAAAUCCAUUUAUCAAGAACAACAAGCAUCGGAUGAUUAUGUUCUUAGAUGAAUUAGGGAAUGUCCCUGAGCUUCCUGACACUACAGAGCACUUUAGGACUGACUUGUCCCGUGACUUGGCAGCUUUGCAUGAAGUUUGUGCAGCACACUCAGAUGAACUUCGCACAUUAAGCAAUGAACGAGGAGUCCAGCAGCAUGUCUUGAAAAAACUUCUGGCGAUUACAGAACUGUUGCAGCAGAAAAGAAACCAGUAUUCUGCAGCUAAUAGCUUAUUGGAAAUGUCUUUAAAUACCAAGGUUCCUCACUAAAGACUGGAUAUUAUACUCUCAAAAGAAUACUGCAAUGAGCGUUCAUUGGAUGACAAAUGUGCUGACAGAUGAUAGCAUUUGUUGUGCCACUAAUUUUGAUGAAUUCAAUUACACUGUACAAUUGCUGAGUCUUCCAACAAAAACAGUAAUGAGAAAGUUUCUGUCAAAGUUACAUAAUCAAAGCUUUAUGUAUGAUGUUUACAAAUGUAAACAAAUUCAAUAGUUGAAUAAAUUUAUUGAUCAUUGUAUUGGAAAUGCAUGCACUUAUUAAACCAUUUUGUAAAG